UCUGCCUCCGCUCUGUGACCAGCUUCAGCUCAGAUCAGCUCAGCUGCCCCCAACUUCCAUAGCUGACUGAGCAGACCAUCACCACUUCUUCCUCUUCAUCUCUCUCUCUCUCUCUCUCUCAACUGAUCGAAGUUCCGAUCAGUAGCAUCCUCGAUGGCCACGGUAACGGCGUCGCACUUCGUGUCGAAGAGCUCCCAUGUGAGCUCCCAUGGAGCUUCGGGGUCAGAGUCCAAACCCCACUUUGCCCGGAUUGGAAUGAGGAACCAACCCGUGACCCACAGUGGGCUGAGAUCCUUGAACAAGCUGGACGGACUGUUCACGAAGAAAGUGGCAGCGAGGCAAGCCAGGAAGGAAGCCAAGUCCCCCGAGGCGGGAAAGAUCGUGUGCAGCGGAGGAAUGAGUAUUAUCUUUGUGGCAGCCGAGGUCGGUCCGUGGAGCAAAACCGGAGGACUUGGCGAUGUUCUCGGAGGACUGCCACCGGCUUUGGCGGCUAGGGGGCACCGUGUCAUGACGAUUACGCCGCGAUAUGACCAGUACAAAGAUGCAUGGGACACCUGCGUGCUUGUGGACGUAAUGGUUGGGGACAGGGUUGAAAGAGUUCGUUUCUACCACUGCUACAAGCGAGGAGUUGAUCGUGUGUUUGUGGAUCACCCUAUGUUUCUGGAGAAGGUAUGGGGCAAGACGGGGUCCAAGAUAUACGGACCGAGGGCUGGCUCGGACUACAAGGAUAAUCAACUUCGAUUCAGCAUGUUGUGCCAGGCUGCUCUUGCGGCGCCGAGAGUUCUGAACUUGAACAGCAGCAAGUACUUCUCAGGACCAUAUGGGGAGGAUGUGCUUUUCAUUGCCAAUGAUUGGCAUACCGCUCUUCUUCCAUGCUACCUGAAAACAAUGUACCAAUCCCGGGGUAUAUAUAGACAUGCCAAGGUGGUAUUUUGCAUCCACAACAUAGCCUACCAAGGAAGAUUCGCCUUCUCAGACUUCUCACUUCUUAACCUGCCUGACUCAUUCAGGGGUUCAUUCGACUUUAUUGAUGGGUACAACAAGCCUGUCAAGGGAAGGAAAAUCAACUGGAUGAAGGCUGCAAUAUUAGAAGCGCACCGGAUCUUAACUGUGAGCCCUUUCUAUGCUCGGGAGCUUCUUUCUGGAAUCGCGAAGGGUGUGGAACUGGACAACAUACUUCGUAAAACUGGCAUCACUGGUAUUAUCAAUGGUAUGGAUGUACAAGAGUGGAACCCAGCCACAGACAAGUAUAUCGCCAUCAAGUACACUAUUCAGACGGUAAUGAUGGCGAAGCCUUUGCUGAAGGAAGCACUGCAAGCAGCUGUUGGUUUGCCUAUAAACAGAAACAUUCCUGUCAUUGGCUUCAUCGGUAGGCUGGAGGAGCAGAAAGGUUCAGAUAUCUUAGUAGCAGCUAUUCCGAAGUUCAUCCGGGAAAACGUCCAAAUAAUUAUUCUCGGAACUGGUAAAAAGCAUAUGGAGAGGCAGAUCGAACAACUGGAGAUUUUGUACCCGGACAACACAAGGGGCGUGGCCAAAUUUAACGUCCCACUGGCCCAUAUGAUCACCGCAGGAGCUGACUUCAUGUUGAUUCCUAGUAGAUUUGAACCCUGCGGUCUUAUUCAAUUGCAUGCUAUGAGAUAUGGAACGGUGCCAAUUGUGGCCUCAACUGGUGGCCUUGUCGACACAGUUAAAGAAGGGUUCACAGGAUUCCACAUGGGCGACUUUCAUGUUAACUGUGAUGCUGUGGAUCCUGCUGAUGUGGAAGCAGUGGGUAGACACGUUAUGAGAGCCCUUGCAGCCUAUGGCACUCCUGCCCUGAAAGAGAUGAUCCAAAACUGCAUGGCCCAAGACCUCUCCUGGAAGGGACCAGCAACGCAAUGGGAAAAGAUGCUGUUGGAUCUGGAGGUCGCAGGAAGUGAGCCUGGGAUCGAAGGUGAAGAGCUUGCUCCACUCGCCAAAGAAAAUGUGGCCACCCCUUGAAAGCCUUCACUUAUAUAUAUAUAUAUAUAUAUAUAAAAUAUAUUCGGCUUCUUGACUACAAGAUGCAGUAUCGGCAGAAUACUAUGCCACUAACAAUGCCAGCAAGUUUCUGAAGCUGCAAGCUCUUCCAGCUCGUUCCGGCUCUAUUGCAGGUGGAUGCUUGCAGGAAACUGUUUCUGAUCGAUAAAGAUGUAAGUUGUGUCCGUGAAAACUUAUACGUCUAGAAGAAUCCUUUUCCGACGAGUAUUUAUCCUUGAGAAACAAUCAAUAGACGUGUUCUGCUACUCUUUAAAGCGCUAAUGUUGUCAGAGUAUGUACCGUAAAUAAGUAGUACGGUGUUCUCUCGUCCCCGAGAAGCAAUCAAUAGACAUGUUCUGCUACUCUUUCAAGUGCUAAUGUUGUCAAGAGUAUGUAACGUGAAUAAGUAGUACGGUGUGCUCUAGUAAAUUUCAUGUUUUCCUGCUGGUGUACUA